AUGCCCAGCAUCUUCGCCUACCAGAGCUCGGAGGUGGACUGGUGUGAGAGCAACUUUCAGCACUCGGAGCUGGUGGCCGAGUUCUACAACACGUUCAGCAAUGUCCCCUUCUUCAUCAUUGGGCCCCUCAUGAUGUUUCUGAUGCACCCCUAUGCCCAGAAACGCUCUCGCUGGAUUUAUAUCACUUGUGUCCUCUUCAUGGUCAUAGGCCUCUUCUCCAUGUACUUCCACAUGACGCUUAGCUUCCUGGGCCAGAUGCUGGAUGAAAUUGCUAUCCUGUGGCUGCUGGCCAGUAGUUACUGCAUAUGGAUGCCUCGCUGCCACUUUCCCACUUGCCUAGGAAAGAACAGGCCCCGGUUCACCUGUCUGGUCCUCACCAUCACUGUGGUCAGCACCUUCCUGUCCUUCCUGAAGCCCGUGAUCAACGCGUACGCUCUCAACAGCAUCGCUGUGCACAUCCUCUACAUCGUCUCCCAGGAGUAUAAGAAGACCAACAAUAAGGAGCUCCGGCACCUGGUAAAGGUCUCCAUAGUUGUCUGGGCUUUUGCACUGACCAGCUGGGUCAGCGACCGCGCGCUUUGCAGUUUCUGGCAGCACAUCCACUUCUAUUACCUGCAUAGCAUCUGGCACGUGCUCAUCAGCAUCACCUUUCCUUACGGCAUGGUUACCAUGGCCUUGGUGGACGCCAAGUAUGAGAUGCCGGGCCACACCCUCAAACUCCGCUAUUGGCCCCGGGACACAUGGCCCGUAGGGCUCCCCUACGUGGAACUCAGUGAUGACAAGGCCUGCUGACGUCUGAGUAGCCAGCCCCCUGCAACUCACCUGUGCCUUGAGGAAGGAGCCCUGGACCAGGAGUCUGAGAGACACUCACGGGUGUUUCCUCCAUCUCCCUUUCCCCACGGCCCUUGUCCUGAUGGCCCCGCCCCAAGACGGGGGACUUCGUGACCCUCCGGUGCCACAGUCUGCAAUGACCCUGGGGGGCUGCCUGGCAUAGGUCCACUCCAUGCCCUGCCCUGAUUCUCUUUCAAUUCACGUUGUGGUGCUGGAUCCUCUGUGCUGUGAUUACCUGGCCCCCUGCGAACAACCCCAGGCUGGGACUUGGUCCCCGGACAUCUCCUAAAUCGCAAUGGUCACUUCCAGACUCUCUGGGCUUCCCCUUGACCAUACGAUGUCCCUGGCAUUUGGGAGGGGGGUCCCAGAGAACGAGCAUGGUUUCUGGUCAGCUCAUCCUGCACUGACUCGUGUGCGGAGACCUUGCAGAUCCUGCACUCACCCAAGUUCACCCACAGGCUUCUGGGACCAUCUCACUGGUGGCCGGUGGGGCAACCCAGAGGCCUGCACUGGGCAGUCUGGCUGUUGGGGCAUCUGGAAGGGAGCCGGGUGGCCUACCUGGGCUCUCAAAGUGAGGGGAGAACAGGAGGGUGAUUCCCAUGGGGGUUAAGAGCACAGGGCUUGCUGGGAGGCUCAGUCUG